UCCCGCGGAAAAAAGAGGCACAAGAGCCUAGUCAGUAAUAGGACAGCGAGCGCGUCACAUCAUGCCCAGGGACUACCAGACCGAGAAAGAAAAAUGCAAGACCUUUCUGCAGGAGUUUUAUAAGGAUGAUGAAAUUGGAAAGAAACACUUCAAGUAUGGCGUCCAGCUGGCUAAUAUUGCUCACAGAGAGCAGGUUGCAUUGUACAUUGACCUGGAUGACCUGGCUGAGGAGGACCCAGAGUUAGUGGAUGCCAUCUGUGAAAAUACUAGGAGGUACACCAACCUGUUUGCUGAUGCUGUUCAGGAGCUGCUGCCUCAGUACAAAGAGCGAGAGGUAGUGCAUAAAGAUGCUUUGGAUGUGUAUAUCGAGCACCGGUUAAUGAUGGAGCAGAGAGGCAGAGAUCCCAAUGAGAUGCGGGAUUCUCAAAACCAGUAUCCACCAGAGCUUAUGCGCAGAUUUGAACUAUACUUCAAAGCUCCAAGCAGCUCGAAAGCCCGUGUAGUGCGAGACGUCAAAGCAGAUUCAAUUGGCAAGUUGGUCAACAUUCGAGGCAUAGUCACGAGGGUCACAGAAGUCAAGCCUAUGAUGGUAGUGGCCACUUACACAUGCGAUCAGUGUGGAGCAGAGACCUACCAACCAAUUCAAUCUCCAACUUUCAUGCCACUUAUAAUGUGCCCAAGCAGAGAGUGUCAGACAAACCGCUCUGGUGGCAGGCUUUACUUACAAACCCGUGGCUCUAAGUUUAUUAAAUUCCAGGAACUGAAGAUUCAAGAACAUAGCGAUCAGGUUCCAGUUGGGAACAUCCCUCGCUGUAUGAGUGUAUAUGUGCGUGGGGAAAACACUCGGCUUGCUCAGCCUGGAGACCAUGUUGGUAUUACCGGAGUCUUCCUGCCAAUGCUCAGAACUGGCUUCCGUCAGGUGGUACAGGGUCUCCUUUCAGAGACAUACCUUGAAUGUCAUCGUUUGGUGAAAAUGAACAAGUCGGAGGAUGAUGAACUUGGGACAGAAGAGCUGAGUGAAGAGGAGCUGCGACAGAUCACUGAGGAAGAUUUCUAUGAGAAGCUAGCAGCCUCCAUUGCUCCUGAGAUUUAUGGGCAUGAGGAUGUGAAGAAGGCCCUUCUGCUGCUCUUAGUGGGAGGUGUUGAUAAUUCUCCUCGUGGAAUGAAGAUCAGAGGGAAUAUUAACAUCUGCCUCAUGGGUGACCCAGGAGUAGCAAAAUCACAGCUGCUUUCUUACAUUGAUCGUCUAGCACCCCGUAGUCAGUAUACAACAGGUCGAGGCUCUUCUGGAGUUGGUCUCACUGCAGCGGUAAUGAAAGACCCAGUGACUGGGGAGAUGACUCUGGAAGGUGGAGCGUUGGUACUGGCGGAUCAGGGUGUUUGCUGCAUUGAUGAGUUUGAUAAGAUGAUGGACACUGACAGAACAGCCAUCCACGAAGUCAUGGAGCAGCAGACUAUCUCCAUAGCCAAGGCUGGUAUAAUGACUACGUUGAAUGCUCGUUGCUCCAUUCUUGCUGCUGCUAACCCAGCAUAUGGGAGAUACAACCCAAAGAAGACUGUGGAGCAAAAUAUUCAGCUGCCUGCUGCUUUACUGUCUCGAUUUGAUGUACUCUGGCUAAUCCAAGACAAGCCUGACCGGGACAAUGAUCUCAGACUGGCUCAGCAUAUUACGUAUGUCCAUCAGCACAGCAAACAACCACCAUCACAAUUCCAGCCUCUGGAUAUGAAACUCAUGCGACGUUACAUCACUAUGUGCAAGCGCAAGCAGCCUGCAAUACCAGAAGCGCUUGCAGAUUAUUUGACGGCUGCCUAUGUGGAGAUGAGGAAAGAAGCCAGAACCAACAAAGACAUGACCUUCACUUCUGCCCGAACCCUGUUGUCUGUUCUGAGACUGUCUACAGCCUUGGCUCGGCUACGUCUGGAAGAUGUAGUGGAGAAAGAGGAUGUAAAUGAAGCCAUGAGGUUGAUGGAAAUGUCCAAGGACUCCUUGCUUGGCGACAAGGGCCACACUUCAAGGACUCAACGCCCGGCUGAUGUGAUCUUUUCCACUAUCCGUGAGAUGGUCCCAGAAAAAGGUGCCCGCAGUGUAAAAUACUCGGAGGCUGAGCAACGCUGUGUCUCUAAAGGCUUCACUCCUGCACAGUUUGAGGCUGCUUUGGAAGAGUAUGAGGAGCUCAAUGUUUGGCUGGUUAAUCAGGCCCGCACCAAGAUCACAUUUGUGUGAUAAUGUUGGUUUUUAGGAAUGUUGUGGUGGUGUAGGAGCAGCUGGGCUGUAAGCGGUGUUGCUUUUUGUAAGUAAAAGGUCAAUAACAAAACAAAACCACCCGUUUUAAUUAUGCAAAAUGGACUUGAUGUGAUUAUUAUUGGAGGGUGUUUUUAAAUCACGGAUAAGUAACUGGUGAUCUCAGUACUGUCUGCUUCCUAAGGAACCCGAUAUUCCAGGCCGGGAUAAGGAGACUGAUUUUCCUUUGUAAAUAGUAAUGAUGUGGUCUCUAAGAACCUUCAAUAAAGAUGUUUUAGUAGAAAA